ACCACUUUUCGAUUCGAGAAAUCCACAAAGCUGUUGAAGAGGAGAUUUUGGCCGAUCAAUCGACCCUACAAGAAGGUCUAUUUUCUGUAUCUUCAAGAGCAUUGGAGCCCAAACGAAGGGAAAUUUCGAAAUUCCCCCUUUACGUCCGUACGGCUAUGAAACUCCAAAAUUCAGUUUUUUGAUUGAUUCUCUUCUCUUCUCGAGCUUGAUAGAGCUAUUAAGCCUAAAAUUGGUCCCAGCAUACCUUCACAUUGUAAUAUCGUAUAUGUUGGUGAGAGAGCGAGAAGCGCCCAUUUAGCAUUCUUCCUCCGCUUUAUAUUGUUCUCCAUUUUGUUCAUGUUCAAGGCACAGUUCUUCAAUUUGAAGCCUUCAUAAGUUGGGUGCAGGAAUGGUGACUGGCAUGAAUCAUCGAGACAAUGGGGGAAAGAACCCAACAAGCUUUUCAAAGGGAGCGACCAGGUCGUGGGGGACAUCAACACUUUCUGGGCAAUCAAUCUCGACAAGUGGAAGUGCAGGGUCGCCAUCUAGCCGAAGCGAGCCAGCGAUCACGACACCGGUGAGCAAGAACACCUUCGUCAGGUUGAAUAAUUUGGACAUUCAUGGAGAUGACGCUGGAUCACAAGGUACCAUCAAUGGUAAAAAGAAAAAGAGGGGUGCACGGGCAGUAGGUGCUGAUAAAGGUGGUAGGGGACUCCGCCAAUUUAGCAUGAAAGUCUGUGAGAAAGUUGAAAGCAAAGGUAGAACCACUUAUAAUGAGGUUGCGGAUGAACUCGUGGCUGAAUUUGCAGAUCCUAGCAGUAGCCUUUCAUCUCCAGAUCAGCAACAGUAUGACGAGAAAAACAUAAGGCGGAGGGUGUAUGAUGCCCUAAAUGUUCUCAUGGCAAUGGAUAUUAUAUCAAAGGAUAAGAAGGAAAUACAAUGGAAGGGCUUGCCUCGCACUAGCCUAAAUGAUAUUGAAGAGUUAAAGGCAGAACGUAUUGGACUAAGAACCAGGAUUGAUAAGAAAGCAGCAUAUUUGCAAGAAUUGGAGGAACAAUUCAUAGGUCUUCAAAACCUGGUACAGCGAAAUGAGAAUUUGUAUGGUUCAGGAAAUGCUCCUUCGGGUGGAGUGGCCUUACCUUUUAUCCUGGUUCAGACUCGUCCGCAAGCAACUGUUGAGGUGGAAAUUUCAGAAGAUAUGCAGUUGGUGCACUUCGACUUCAAUAGCACCCCUUUUGAGUUGCACGAUGAUGCUUAUGUUCUCAAGGCAAUGAGAUUCUGUGAUAGACAGAAAAGUGAUGGGGCCCACGAAUCUACCGCAAAUGGGGGUGAAAGCUCUGCCAGCAUGCUUACCAUGUAUCAACAGCACGUGCCACAUCCUAGGUCCAAUGCCAUGGGUAAGCUGCCUGUUUCACCUCCUGUUCCGGGUAUCUUAAAAGCACGUGUCAAGCACGAGCAGUAGUCUGUAAUAUUAAGCCUAUAUGCCCACUGUGGCCCACCUCCUCUUUCACUGUAUCUUGUAAAGUAAUUCAUGGAAAUCUGUUGACCUCAUGCUCAUCCUCAGCAUGAUAGCUUUCAAACUUGUGGAAAGGACUGUAGCUUGCUCCGACGGUCCUUACCAACUUUCAAGUGGUUCUCAAUGUAGCAUUGUGUGGACAUGAUUUUGGAAUGUGACUAUCAAUUAUAUUCUUUAUGUCA